CUUUUUCUUCCAGUGUGAGAAAUUUUACAGAUAGCCACAAUGGCUGAAAAUGGAGAUAAUGAAAAAAUGGCUGCUCUGGAGGCCAAAAUCUGUCAUCAAAUUGAGUUUAUUUUAUAGGUGUUUGAUGUAUGUCUCUGUGUCAUGUGCAUGCCUGGAGCCCAUGGAAGCCAGAAUAUUAUUUUGGAGACUUCAAUUUGCCACGAGACAAGUUUUUAAAGGAACAGAUCAAAUUGGAUGAAGGCUGGGUACCUUUGGACACAAUGAUAAAAUUCAACAGGCUAAACCGACUGACAACAGACUUUAAUGUAAUUGUUCAAGCACUGGGCAAAUCUAAGGCAAAACUUAUGGAAGUGAGUGCAGACAAAACUAAAAUCAGAAGAUCUCCAAGCAGACCCCUUCCUGAAGUGACGGAUGAGUAUAAGAAUGAUGUAAAAAACAGAUCUGUUUAUAUUAAAGGCUUCCCAACUGAUGCAACCCUGGAUGACAUAAAAGAAUGGCUAGAUGAUAAAGGUCAAAUACUGAAUAUUCAGAUGAGACGAACAUUGCACAAAACAUUUAAGGGGUCAAUAUUUGCUGUGUUUGAUAGUAUUCAGUCUGCAAAGAACUUUGUGGAUACCCCUGGUCAGAAGUACAAAGACACAAGCCUGUUAAUACUCUUUAAGGAAGAUUACUUUGCAAAGAAAAAUGAAGAAAGAAAGCAGAGCAAAGUGGAAGCUAAAUUAAAAGCUAAACAAGAACAUGAAGGAAGACACAAGUCAGGAAGUGCUGAAACACGACCUCUAGAAGGAAAGAUGGGGUGCUUACUGAAGUUUUCAGGUGACUUGGAUGACCAGACCUGUAGAGAAGAUUUACACAUCCUUUUCUCAAAUCACGGUGAAAUAAAAUGGGUUGACUUUGUCAGAGGAGCAAAAGAGGGAAUAAUUCUCUUUAAAGAGAAAGCUAAGGAAGCACUUGAGAAAGCCAGGAGUGCAAAUAAUGGUAACUUACAAUUAAGGAACAAAAAGGUGACUUGGAAAAUACUAGAAGGACAUGCGGAAAAGGAAGCGAUGAAAAAAAUCAUGGAUGAUCAGCAAGAAUCACUAAACAAAUGGAAGUCGAAAGGAGGCCGCAGAUUUAUUAAAGGAAAAGGAAGAGGAAACAGACCUCCUUAUGCUGGGGGACCCAAAGGAAGAGGACAGUUUCAUGGCAGGAGAACAAGAUUCGAUGAUGAUGACUAUCAUCACCAUCAUCGACGUGGUUCAGGACCAAUGAAAAGAGCAAGAGAUGGAAGAGACAGAGAAGAGCCUGCAUCAAAGCAUAAGAAAAGAGAGAAUGGCGCCAGAGACAAGUAGUUUAGUAAGCAGUGUUUUUAUUCAUCUUAGUUAGAUUUUAAGCUGCUUUUUGUCUUCAGAAGCUUUUAAAAAGAAAAGCGAAUUAGGUCCACUUCAAUGUCCACCUGUAUAAAAGGAAAAAAAAUUUGUUUUACUUGUCUUUUUUGUUGUUGUUGUUACCUAAAUGAAAGUUUUUUAAAAUGUAUAGUUCUGUUUGUGUUUGGAUGAUUCAAAUAUGAAAAGGAAGAUUCUUCCUCUUAAUUGCCUUUGUAAUAUGAGAAUGUAUUAGUACAAACUUGUAAAAUAUAUGCUGUAUAAAAAUA